AUGCAAUACGGAGGAGGUGGAAAUGCUUUUAGCAAUCUUAUAUCCAAUGGAUCUUAUUCCUUUUCUAAUCCAGUAUUUGCUGCAUUAGCUAGUUAUUCUUCUAUGACACUUUUAAAAAUGCUUGGCAUGUCAACUUAUACAAUAAUUCAACGUUUUCGUACAAGAAAUUUUACUACAUCAGAAGAUGAUAUUUAUAAACAAUUAAUGAAUCAAUUAGGUCAUUCUAGUGGUACGAUAAAAAGUAAAAAUGAUAUAGUUGAACGUGUACGAAAUAAUCAUUUAAAUGAUUUGGAAAAUAUUAUUCCAUUUGUUUUAAUUGGCCUUUUUUACGUUGGUACUCGACCGAAAUUUGAUUGUGCUCUUUGGCAUUUUCGAAUUUUUUUUCUAUCACGUAUUCUACAUACUAUAGCUUAUCAGGUUCCAUUACCUCAACCAACACGCACAAUCUCAUGGCUAGUAGGUUAUUUAAGUAUAAUUUCAAUGACCAUACCAAUACUUCGUUCAAUUCAAAUCUAA